AUGACAAUACUUCCACGCUCCAACGGUUGGAUUGCCACCAUCGCCACCAUCGCCACCACCAAGACAUUCACAGCACUGUUGCUGUUAGCAUUCGCCACAAAUUUCUGUCAUGCCGUCAUUCCUUGUCAAGGCACCACGCAACGGCGUCCCUUUACCAAUUUCUUGGAGCUCCGAGUUGCCGUUUCCCAAUAUUUGAAUUCCAAUGGUGCAGAUCCAAGCGUCCGCGCGGUCUUUGGCUUCCCCAUCGGUUGUUGGGACGUCUCGCAAAUGCAGACUCUGAGUCCCUUGUUCAUGGGAUUGACCAACUUUAACGAAGACAUUUCAGAAUGGGACGUUUCCAGUGUGACCAAUAUGGACAAUAUGUUCUUUGGAUGCACCCGAUUCAAUCAGCCAUUGGGCAAAUGGAAUACUCAAAGUCUUUUCACGGCCUCGCGCAUGUUUGGCAAUGCCGCCAGUUUCAAUCAAGAUUUGAGUGGAUGGAACGUGCAACGACUCGAGAUCAUGUCGGGAAUGUUUAGCGGGGCGUCGUCAUUCAAUCAAAAUUUGUGUUCCUGGGCGACGCAAAUGAAAGAGACGAUUGUUCCGGAGCGAUUGGCACAGGCAUUCUCGUCGACGUCGUGUCCCAUGAAAAAUGAUCCAACCUGUUUUCCGGGCUUUGGUUGUUAUGGAAGCUAUUGCUACAAUUGCGAUGCCACACCCAGUCCCACCAGGAAUCCCACACCACCACCCACGUUGCCACCGCCCACGCCACCACCCACCACUUUGGCGCCCACACCCCCACCCACCACCGAAGCUCCUUCAGAUUCUCCAUCUACCUCGCCUUCGUCAGUUCCGACCAAGGCGCCAAAGGGAAAUCCAAAAGAGCCCGAUCCUACCUUGGCGCCCAGUGUGGAGCCCAGUAUGGCACCCAUUAUGGCACCGAUCAUGACGCUGGCACCCUUUGGUACCCCACCACCCACGCUUCCGCCGACUCUUCCACCCACUCCACCACCCACUCCACCACCGACUCCACCACCCACUGUGUUGCCAAGUACGACGCCCAGUUUGGUACCAACCAGGGCACCCAAGACGCCCAAAACACCAGCUCCACAAGUUCCCGUGCCUCCCACUUUAAUGCCAUCCAUGGUGCCCUCUCUGAUUACCUAUGACAAUGGCUUGGCACCGACCUUAACUCCCAGUGCUGCCGAAACGGAUGCUCCUACAGUGGCUGCUACGAACAAUCCAACGAUUGCCUUGACCAAAGCUCCCACGAUUGCACCGACCGACUCUCCCAGUGCGGCACCCUCUGGUGGUAGUCGCCCACUAGAUCCGACUCCAACUACUGUCAAUCCGCCAGUGACCACACCCACUACUGUCAAUCCGCCAGUAGCAGCAGCAUUGACGAGUUCGCCACUGCCGCCUCCGUCACCACGACCUACGACCGUUUCACCACCCGUCUUUACUCCUACCAUUAUCGUUUGGGAGGACGAUGAUUUUGACAAUAGCUUGGUGGCGGCCACGGGAAAUGGUCGAUCCGGGGCCUAUUCAAAAUCGACGGUCACUACUGCAACGACUUUGGCAAGUACAAUCAUGCUGGUGCUGCUGCUGCUCUCAACACUAUAA